AUGCGUACACCAAUUUAUCCUGAAAUUGAAGCUUUUAUACAGACGAAAAAGUUGAAAAAAUAUGAAAGCCAACAACAGGAAACUGCUAGUGAAACCAUUAACAAACCAAUGGUGUACCAAAAUUUAUCAGUUCAAAAUUUUCAAUCACAAUAUCCACUUAUUCCCCACCUCGCCGAAGUAUGGGAUGAGCUUAACGGUGUUGAAGGCGUCAACUUGACAGUUGAUAAAGGAAAUUUAACUCUUUACGGCCAAGUGGUUUCAUCCGCUUGUGAAUCUAUAGCUACUUGUUAUAACAACUAUUAUAUAGAGAACUUUGAAAAUAUUAUUGCAAACUACUUUAUAUACAUGAUCCGUCAAGCAUUUCAUGACAUAAAAAUGCCCAUAGUAAAACAUAUAGUAUACGAACAUGUGCUCAAUGUACUAUUUUCUCCAGGACUGGGAGCCAUCAAUUCUGACAAUAUUUCCACUUCUUUGAACAGCGAAGAGCAAGAAAACAUUUGUACGUUUUUAAACCCAUUGAUAUUGGAGAUCAAGAAUCGUAUACCAGCAUUUCCUGUGACAAAGGCAACUCUAAAUAAUGCCCCAUUCAGCAUUAUGCCAGUACUUAAGCACAUUCUGGAGAAAUAUGAGUCCUUAAUUGUGGAAGCACCGCUACCUGUUCCUGUCUCUCAAUUGGAAAUCAUCUCACAAGAACAAUCAGACGAGAUCGAUCAAGUAAAUAAAAGACCAAGAAAAAAGAAGAAAGUAAAAAAAAACAGAAACGACAACAACGGCGUAAAAAGAGAUUUCCAGCCGCCUCGUCUCUUCAGUCUAUUCCCGAACCCUGGCUUGCAUUGGCGUUUCGUUAAAAUAGAUAGCCAAAAUUUGACUGGUCUGUUUCCGACGGCUUCAAUGGAACGGUUAGAGGAAGAAACAGUUUUUGAAUACACCCAAAGAUAUUUUUUUUCCCGUUUUAAUUUUGCUAAAAUAAACAUAAAUACUGAAGAAAUCGAUCGUUAUUUUAGACCUUGCACAGUAGAUCCCAACAGGAAAGAUGCUUUUGUGUCAUUUCAUGGUAACACGGAUGUUAGGCGGCUUUCAUCUGCCGAAUAUUACAACAUGAAUGGAAGUGCCAAUCGUAUGAAGUUGGAGCAAGACAGGAAGAAAGAACAAGGAGUGCAAACAAUCGAGACAAACAUACCUUCUGUAAAGUCAGCAGUUGCAGAUAAAUAUAUUACGCAUGACACACUAUUUAGUUUUUACAAUUUUCAGACAGCAAGAGUCAAAUGGUGUAAUUACAUUGGAAAACAGCGUGCCCUCCAGGAUGCUGUAAAUAUCCUAAUUAACGGAUCAAAGAAGUACAAUAAAGGACGACGGAAGAAAACAAGAAAAAACAAGAGAAAAAGAAGCAAGACAGCUGCAAAAAAUUUGAGGAGGGUGACAAAAGUAAAAUGCCAUUGA